GCUGCUGUUACGUCAUAAAGGUUGCGCCUCGCUUCAGCGUGUGAAGAAAGAGUGUCCAAACAGGCAGAAACUACCAGACUGAAAUCUACUAUAUUAUAAAGAGGAUGUUGGUUAAAAAGGAGAGCGAAGACAUACAGAUUGACGAAGCAUUUAGAGUGCAACAUGAAGCGGCUGAAGAACAAACAGACCUAAUGGCACUGAAAGAGGAGAGGGAAGUACUCCAUGAAAUUGACGUAAAAGAUCAAAAUGAGGAUCUUCUUGAUUUCACAACUGGAGAAAAAUCUUUUUGUUUUUCACAGACUGAAAGGUCCUCCACUCGAAAAACAGCUCAAACAAGAGGUAAAAAAGGUGAUUUUACGUGUUUUAAGUUUGGACAGAGUUUCAAUCAAAAAGUAAAACCUCAAGUCCAUUUGAGAACUGGAAAGAGGCAUUUCGCUUGCCAACAAUGUGGUAUAAGAUUCACUCUAAAAGGAAGCUGGAACAGGCACAUGAGAAUUCACACGGGAGAAAAGCCUUUCACCUGUCAACGAUGUGGAGAGAGUUUUGCUCUGCAUAGAAAUCUUAAGGUCCACAUGAGAAUUCACAAUGGAGAAAAGCCUUACACAUGCAUUCAGUGUGGAAAGAGUUUCAAUAAAGAGGGAAACCUUAAAGUCCACAUGAGAAUUCACACUGGGGAGAAGCCUUAUUCAUGCCUUCACUGUGGAAAGAGUUUCAGUAAUCAAGGAAACCUUAGUGUCCACAUGAGAAUUCAUACAGGCGAAAAGCCUUUCACAUGCCCUCAGUGUGGAAAGAGUUUCACUCAAAAAGUACGUUUUGAAGCACACAUAAGAAUUCACACUGGAGAGAAGCCUUUCACCUGCCAACAGUGUGGAAAGAGUUUCAAUCAACAUCGAACCUUGAAAGACCACAUGAGAAUUCACACUGGAGAGAAGCCGUUCACCUGUCAACAGUGUGGAAAGAGUUUCACUCAAAAGGGAACCUUUAACAGGCAUAGGAGAGUUCACACCGGAGAAAAGCCUUACACUUGCCAGCAAUGUGGAAAGAGUUUCAGUCAACGUCGAACCAUAAAAAGCCACAUGAGAAUUCACACUGGAGAGAAGCCUUUCACCUGCCAACAGUGUGGAAAGAGUUUCUGUCAACGUCGAUCCUUAGAAAACCACAUGAGAAUCCACACCGGAGAAAAGCCUUUCACCUGCCAACUGUGUGGAAAAAAAUUCUAUCAACAUCGAUACUUAAAAGAACACAUGAUAGUACACACUGGAGAAAGGCCUUUCUCUUGCCAACAGUGUGGAAAGAGUUUCUAUCAACAUCGAAUCUUAAAAAACCACAUGAGAGUUCACACUGUAGAGAGUCCUUUAACCUACCAACAGUGUGAAAAGAGUUUUGAUCAACGGCAAAACUUAAAAAAACACACGAGAGUUCCCACUGAAGAGAAGACUUUCCCCUGCCAACAGUGUGGAAGAAGUUUCAACAGAAAAGGAAACCUUAAUGUCCACAUGAGAAUUCAUACUGGUGAAAAGCCUUAUACAUGCCCUCAGUGUGAAAAGUGUUUCACUCAAAAAGUUUGCUUUGAAGCACACAUAAGAAUACACACUGGAGAGAAGCCUUUCAGCUGCCAAAUGUGUGGAGAGAGUUUCAAUCAGCAUCGAACUUUAAAAGACCACAUGAAGGUUCAUACUGGAGAAAAGCCGUUCACAUGCCCACAGUGUGGAAAGAGUUUCACUCAAAAAGGAACCUUUAACAGGCAUAAGAGGGUUCACACCGGAGAAAAGCCUUACACCUGCCAACAGUGUGGAAAGAGUUUCAGUCAACGUCGAACCAUCAAAGACCACAUGAAAAUUCACACCGGAGAGAAGUCUUUUACCUGCUAAUAGUAUGGAAAAUGUUUCAAUCAACAUCGAGCCUUGAAAGACCACAUGAGAAUUCACACUGGAGAGAAGCCAUUCACCUGCCAACAGUGUGGAAAGAGUUUCACUCAAAAGGGAACCUUUAACAGGCAUAGGAGAAGUUCACACAGGAGAAAAGCCUUACACUUGCCAACACUUUGGAAAGAGUUUUCGUCAACGUCAAACCCCCCCCCCCC